AUGGGUCUGAAUUAUCAGGAGACAAUGACGCAAAGAGUUGGACCUUUCGGUGUUAAUAUGGGUGGAGAGCUCUUCGACGAUAAUUGUUACCACGGAGUCAGAAGUGUUAAGGUUGGGUUCCAGGACGGGCACUUAGUUUACAUGGAGAUCAAUUACGUGAGGAAUGGAAACAUGGAGAUGGAGCAAGUGAGCCAUGGAGUCAUGCCCAGCUCAACGUUUCAGUUUGUUGUCGCUCAUUUCCCCAAGGAGUUUAUAACCGCCGUUGAGGGUACGUCUGCUUUCUGGCCACGAUCCGUUACGAAUGUCACCGGAAGCUUUAGGCUACAUAUAGCAUCAGGUUUAUCACGAAUGAAGGGAUAA